AUGUAAAGCUGUACAGUUAUGGCGACCCCAAAGAGAAAGCAUGAAAGAACCUUUAGAGUAGAGUUCAACACUUAAGGCAAGUAGACAAGCCAAAGACCUCUUAAGGAUCAGGCUUGAAGAGAAGGGAGAGUUUGGGAAAAGAAAAAAUAAAGAAAAGCUGGAAGAAGGACAAGCCUAAUGGGAGACAAAGCCUCGCUUUAUCUACAAAAGGGGGAAAAGGUUGUUUUUCAAAGUUAAAGAUAAAGCCAUCUGUCAUAUUUGGCCAAGCAUCUCAUGACAAGUCCUUCUGACAAGCACUUAAAGAGUUAAAGGUCAAGAUGAAGUUGAAUGAUGGCCAAGAUUAAAGGAGUCAUACCUGAUCACAUUUGAGGAUGUUCGUGAUGCCGAAGAUGCUUUACAUAAUUUGGACAGAAAAUGGAUUUGUGGACGUCAAAUUGAAAUCCAGUUUGCACAGGGGGAUCGGAAGACACCAAAUCAGAUGAAAGCCAAGGAAGGGAGGAAUGUAUACAGUUCUUCACGCUAUGAUGAUUAUGACAGAUACAGACGUUCUAGAAGCCGAAGUUAUGAAAGAAGGAGAUCAAGAAGUCGGUCUUUUGAUUACAACUAUAGAAGAUCUUAUAGUCCUAGAAACAGUAGACCGACUGGAAGACCGCGGCGUAGCAGAAGCCAUUCCGACAAUGAUAGAUUCAAACACCGAAAUCGAUCUUUUUCAAGAUCUAAAUCCAAUUCAAGAUCACGGUCCAAGUCCCAGCCCAAGAAAGAAAUGAAGGCUAAAUCACGUUCUAGGUCUGCAUCUCACACCAAAACUAGAGGCACCUCUAAAACAGAUUCCAAAACACAUUAUAAGUCUGGCUCAAGAUAUGAAAAGGAAUCAAGGAAAAAAGAACCACCUAGAUCCAAAUCUCAGUCAAGAUCACAGUCUAGGUCUAGGUCAAAAUCUAGAUCAAGGUCUUGGACUAGUCCUAAGUCCAGUAGCCACUAAUAGUAUAUAUAAACCAUGAUAUUUUUAGGCAUGUAUCAUUCAUUUACUCAUAGUUUGGUUUACUUAAAUUAUCAGGAAUACAAUGUUGCAAUGAUGCUUAAAAAACACUUGUUAGUUUUCCCUGUACAAGGCAAUGGUUAUAAUUAAAAUGAUAUGCUGUUGAGAAGCCACUCUUAAGAGUCCAGUUUGUUUAAUGUUAUGGGCAGCUACCAAUUUGUGGUGUCUCUGUAUAUUUUUGUAAAGAUUCUCAUUUUUUAUGCUUGAAGUAUUGGUGAAAAGAUGUUGGUUGACCAUAAUUUGCAACAUUGUCUUAUUAAAAAUAAACUUUCAUAUCCAUAUUUGGUAGAACUGUUAACCUAGAAAUGUAGCUUGUUAAUAAGAUAGAAUGAUACAGAAAGUGAGGUUGUAGGCACAGGACGACACAGCUCAGACACAUUUAGGUUCAGGGUGGACCUUUAUGAGUUGUUAAUACGGUCUAGGCCCAUGAUAAUAGUUUAUUUCAAUUUGCAGUGUGGAAUAAUUCUUUUGUUAUCUCUAUUGUCUUGGAAAAUGAUGCCAACUGGGUUAAGUAGCAUUUUCAGAGAUUGAGUUUUUGACUGAAACAUGGAGCCUUCACUGCUUUUUUCUGGUUUUUAUGAAGAUUUGAAGCAUAGAAACUUCAGGAAAAACUCAGAUUUGAGCAGAUCGAUGAUGGCAGAAAUAAUUUUAGGAGGAAAGAAUGCCGUUUUGUAGUUACUCUAAAUUUUAAGGACAUUGUUGACCAUAAUAUUGCUUAGUUUUCUUACUGCUGUUAGAAGCAAGUAAAUUGUUUCAAAGUAGGUUUUGUUUGUGUGUGUGUGUGGAUAGUGGAAAAGAACUAAAUUUUGAUGCUUAUGGCUCACUCAGUUUGUGCAUUUGUAUCAAAAUCUGCUUACCUCUUUACAAAGGAGGCUUGCCCUUUACACUUCAGUUUAUUUAAUGUGAGGCAAGUUGAAAGACAACACUCCCAUUACUAGGUGAUUCUGUGGUGCCAUGAAAUUUAAAAUAAUUUUGGAAAAAGAAUUAGUCAAUAUUAAGCAAGAUUGACAUCUCCAAGAAUUUUUUAUCGAUGUAGACCUGGCAAUACCUGCCUAAAAAUGAGAAAAUGAUACCCUUAAUUAACCAUUUGUAAUUUCUAGUAUUUCUCUGAAAGUUCAUUUUGGGGCAAUAAAAGUGACUUGACACAUCCAAUUUCAUUUCAGAAUAAAAGCUAGCAUCUUUAAAAAUCCCAGAUUGCUUGCUUGCAGAUAAAAGUAAGAAAUAUUGUGGAGGGGCGAUUCCUUUUAGAGGAUUACUGUUUUCAGUUUUGGUUUUAGUUAUCUAGGCCUGCCUGUAAAGAACAAAAGGUGAUUUUUAAAUACUGUUUGUGGAAUGUGUUUUGAAGGAUUGAUUCUAGAACCUUUGUAUAUUUGAUAGUAUUUCUAACUUUCAUUUCUUUACUGUUUGCAGUUAAUGUUCAUGUUCUGCUAUGCAAUCAUUUAUAUGCACGUUUCUUUAAUUUUUUAGAUUUUCCUGGAUGUAUAGUUUAAACAACAAAAAGUCUAUUUAAAACUGUAGCAGUAGUUUGCAGUUCUAGUUAAGAGGAAAGUUGUGGGGUUAAACUUUGUAUUUCCUUUCUUAUAGAAGCUUCUAAAAAGGUAUUUUUAUAUGUUCUUUUUAACAAAUAUUGUGUACAACCUUUAAAACAUCAAUGUUUGGAUCAAAACAAGACCCAGCUUAUUUUCUGCUUGCUGUAAAUUAAGCAAACAUGCUAUAAUAAAAACAAAAUGAAGGAAAUAAUGAUUAACUGGAAUUAUUAUAGUUUGGAAUAUGAUUCUAAAAUAACAAUGAAAACAGUCCUUUGUAGAUUUAGAAAUAUUUUUAAUCAGUGUUGAACUAGGCACAAUUAACUUUGACUUUGGAAAUGAUAGGACUUGCCAGAAAGCUGCAUCUUUUACAUAAUACUUAAAAAUUCCUUAUGUAAUGUAAAAGUUGUUUCAUGAUGGCUCGUUAAGCCUCUUGGGUUAAAUAACUUAGAGGUUAUUUGGUAGUGUUAAAAUGCAAUUUGGGGCAGCUAACUAAGUUUUUAUUUUCAUUAUUGGAUGGACCAAUAUUUCUGCUCUCCCCUCUUCCUAAACAAGAUACAUUCAGCCUUGUGUUUAUGGCAUAGUUUAAAAUAUUUUUGCAUUGAAUGUUGGUGAGCAGUCAGUGUUAAGUGAUAACCACUUUGGGGAAGUGGUUUAGGUAUUUUGCAGUUUGAAUUCUAGCUACUUGAUAAUGGCAGUAAUUAUAGCUGAUACUUAUUAUUUAUGAUGUGCCAGACACUGUUCUAAAAUCUUUACAUGUUAAAUCAUUUGCUCUUCCCAUAUCACAGAUGAGGAAAUUAAGGCACAAAGAGAUUAAGGUCACAAAGGCUGUAAAUGGUAGAGCCAGGAUUUAAGCCCAGGCCUGAUACUUAGAUGAUUUUUUUCUUUUAAUGGACUAUAGUUUGAGAGAUAAAAAAUAAACUUUCUCAUAAAAUAUCAGACCCUAAGUUUUGGUAAGAAACUUAAAGUAGGUAGUGUAAUAAUCAUAUUAAUCCCAAAAGUAGAUUCAGGAGGUAGCCCAUUGAAAUUGUUCUCGGUCUCUGCAGAACUGAAGGUGUGGGGUUUUAAUUUGUAUUUGCCUCACUUAUUUUUAAACUCAAACUGUUGGUUUUUUUGUUUGUUUGUUUUUUAAGAGCCUUGUAUGUUUCUCAAGUAAGCUUCAAAAGUACUAUAUUAUGAUUGAACCCUGAUAGGAUCCUACUGAUACUUGAUGAGGAUCCUUACACCGUGUUUUUAGUUAAUUUUGGGUUAUGUAGUUCUAGAAUUACUGAGUACCUACGUGUCUGGCACUGUGCUCAAUAUUAAAUAGAGUAGAUCCUAUCAAGAUUCAAGUGAGGGUUGAUAGUUGGCCUCUCUUUUUACUUAAGAUCUCUGCAUUUUUUUUUUUUUUUUUUUUGAAGCCAAG